GACCGGUGGGUUUUAACCAUCUCCCGGUGCUUUAGGGGACCGAGGCUGUGUGCGCGGGUUGGCGGAGCGCCGCAUUUCACAGUGAGAUUAAAUAAAAGCAGCAAACUCCGCCGAGAUAAAGUGAGACAGACCGUGAGGAUGGACUGCAGCACUGCUAGCAGCAUGGUGGCCCACCGAUCUGCAGGGAAAGAAAGCUCCUCCUCUGAUGAUGACGAGUUCAUCCCACUGUCGGAGCUCCUUGUGAGGCCACAGAGUGACAGGAAGAAGUCAUGUGACAACGCCAAAGGCACCAACACAGAUACAAAGAAGAAUGAAGCUUCAGAUGACUCCUCUGAUGACGAGCCGCUGAUAAAACAGAAAAAACCUGCAGCAAAAGACAAGAAGGAAUCAGCUCCUCCCAAAUCUGACGGCUCAGAACACAGAAACUCAGAGUCCAACACAGGCGAUGACUCUGACAACGAGCCUCUGGUAAAAACUUCCAAACCUUCCUCCAGAUCAGCGAGGAAGAAGAAAAGCCCAGAGAUGAAGAAGAAACCAGCUGGUAGGAAGAAGAAAGCUUCAGAUGACUCCUCUGAUGACGAGCCGCUGAUAAAACAGAAAAAACCUGCAGCAAAAGACAAGAAGGAAUCAGCUCCUCCCAAAUCAGAGUCCAACACAGGCGAUGACUCUGACAACGAGCCUCUGGUAAAAACUUCCAAACCUUCCUCCAGAUCAGCGAGGAAGAAGAAAAGCCCAGAGAUGAAGAAGAAACCAGCUGGUAGGAAGAAGAAAGCUUCAGAUGACUCCUCUGAUGACGAGACGCUGAUAAAACAGAAACAACCUGCAGCAAAAGACAAGAAGGAAUCAGCUCCUCCCAAAUCUGACGGCUCAGAACACAGAAACUCAGAGUCCAACACAGGCGAUGACUCUGACAACGAGCCUCUGGUAAAAACCUCCAAACCUUCCUCCAGAUCAGCGAGGAAGAAGAAAAGCCCAGAGAUGAAGAAGAAACCAGCUGGUAGGAAGAAGAAAGCUUCAGAUGACUCCUCUGAUGACGAGCCGCUGAUAAAACAGAAAAAACCUGCAGCAAAAGACAAGAAGGAAUCAGCUCCUCCCAAAUCUGACGGCUCAGAACACAGAAACUCAGAGUCCAACACAGGCGAUGACUCUGACAACGAGCCUCUGGUAAAAACUUCCAAACCUUCCUCCAGAUCAGCGAGGAAGAAGAAAAGCCCAGAGAUGAAGAAGAAACCAGCUGGUAGGAAGAAGAAAGCUUCAGAUGACUCCUCUGAUGACGAGACGCUGAUAAAACAGAAACAACCUGCAGCAAAAGACAAGAAGGAAUCAGCUCCUCCCAAAUCUGACGGCUCAGAACACAGAAACUCAGAGUCCAACACAGGCGAUGACUCUGACAACGAGCCUCUGGUAAAAACCUCCAAACCUUCCUCCAGAUCAGCGAGGAAGAAGAAAAGCCCAGAGAUGAAGAAGAAACCAGCUGGUAGGAAGAAGAAAGGGCCAUCGGACAGGGAUGAAAGCUCUGAUGAUGAGCCCUUAAGUGAAAUUGUUAAGAGACUUCCCUCAAAGAGGAAGAGAAAAGCUGUUGUGCUGUCUCAUAAAGCCAGUCCAGUCCUUCAAUCCAAGAGGAAUGCAGGCAGGAAGAGCGUUAAUUAUGCUGAGGCUUCAAGUGAGCACAGCUCUGACGAUGACCAGGUGAUUGAGAUAAAGAAGAAGAAGGGUUCUCCUAAAGAGCGAGAAGAUUCAUCAAAGAGGCCAAAAUCUGCAGAACAAAAAUCACUAAAAGACUCUUCAUCCUCAGACAGCUGCUCUGAUGAAGAUGAUGUUCCUCUGGUGAGCCUCAUCUCAAAGAAAAAACCAGCUAAGAAAUCCAUGAAGAAGAGCCAGAAACUGCGGGGCAGACCGCCGAAAGAGUCCCAAGGAUUCUGUGAUGAAGACGACAGCUCAGAUGAUGACGCUCUGGUGAAUCGAUCAGACCAGCGAACAAAAAGCAAAACAAAAAGAAAGAAUCAUGGAAAAACAUGGAAAGACGUACCGAGCAGCAUUUCAGAUGAGGAGGCUGUAAUUAAAGCAGCUGAACACGCAGAAGUGACCAGAAUGGUGAAAAUCUCCCUGCAGAGGUGUGAUGGUGAAGACAAAGAGUCGACUGGACCCAUAACAUCCACACCAGAAGAACCGAUCGAAGAUAAAUCCACAGCAGAAAAUUCCCAGAAAUCCUCUGAGGAGGAAUAAGAAACGUGGUUUCAAGUUCUCAGCUUUCUCUGAAAACCACAGUUAGUCUUAAAGUUCGUCUGUAGGUUUUAUACAUUUUAUGUCACCUUUUUAGGUUUGGGACCAAAUUUUCCAGGUUCAUAAAAUGUUUAAUUGUUGAUAUUUUUUCCUAUUUGUGCUUGUUUGCCUUCUGGUUUUUAGAAAAUGUUUUUAAUGUUGUUGUGAGUUGUUGUUCAUUCUGCAUGCUAGCUGCACAGUCCUGAUUUGAACCUUUUAUUUUAUACCAGUAUGGAAAUAAGUAGGUAAUCCCUCAUUUAAUGUGCCAAUGUAAUGAUUAAAUCAUCUCCUGAAAAAUGUGUCUUGGAAACAUGAAAGAUUCACGAAAUAAUUCAAUUUUGGGGGAAAAUGAAUUUUUACCUUGUUUUUGAUACUUUUUAAUUUUGGCAGUUUUAGUUGUCUGUAAUUAUAUGGCUAUUUGGGUGAAAAAUAAAAAACAGGUGAUUUUUCUCUUUUGGAGGACAAAUUGUUGUUAUUGGGAGUUUGUUCUGUUUUAUUCUUGCAUAAAAUUUGACAAACAAGCCAAAAUAAGCUAAUUUAUGUCCCGUUAAAGAAAAACUAUGUUUAAUGUUUGAAAAAUAUCCAAUGGUGUUCCUUAGUGUUGAAAUGUGCAGGACGUUUUAUGUCUGUUGAUAAUAAAAUUUGCUACAUCAUUUGAAA